ACUAACGUAGUUGGAACCCUAGAUAAUCCACAAACGGCGGUACUCAAAUGGCCUCCAAAAGCUUUCUUCGUCGUUGUUCUUCAUCUUCUGAAACGAUUACGAAAACCAAACUCUCAUCUUUAUUCACAAAUUCAUGUAAAGUGACUGCAACCAUACCACAAGAUUCAGUAGAUAACGCUGAAGAGGUAGCGAGGCUUGAUAAAUUCCUUCAAAAAGAUUGUCAACAAGGUAAUAUCACUCUUGAUGAAGCACGCUAUUUCUUUUGUUUAAUGAUUCAUAUGCAACCCAAACCACCGAUUUCAUCAUUCAACCGGAUGUUUGGAGCUCUUGCCAAGAAAAAAUUUUAUGAAGACGUUAUUUUGCUGUACAAGCAAGCGGAUUCGAUGGGUUUGUUGCCGGAUCUUUUUACUUUGACUAUUUUGAUUAAUUGCUUUUGUAAUGUGGGUCGAGUUCGUAAUGGUUUUGUUGUUUUCGGGAGGAUUUUGAGGUGGGGUUUUAGCCCAGGUGUUGUGGCUUUGACUUCUUUGAUUAAAGGUUUGUGUUUGGAGAAUAGGGUUACGGAGGCUACGAGGUUGUUCAAGAAAAUGGUUGUCUUUGGGGUUAGGCCUAACGUGAUUACGUAUGACACUUUGAUUAACGGGUUGUGUCGGACAGGGAACACGAGUGUUGCGCUUAGAUUGCAUGAAGAAAUGGUUGCUGGUAAUGGUGAACGGGGUUUUAUUUGUAAGCCGAAUAUUGUUUGCUAUGGUAGUAUUAUUGAUGGUCUUUGUAAAGAUGGGUUGGUAGAUAGGGCAAAAGAAUUGUUUAUAGAAAUGAAGAGUAGAGGAAUUAAGCCAAAUGUGGUUGUUUGUACCUCUUUAAUUUACGGUUGGUGUUUUGUGGGAAAUCUGGAGGAGGCUAAAGGCUUGUUUAUUGAGAUGGCGAAUCAAGGUUUGCAGCCUAAUUUACUGACGUAUAAUACAAUAAUAAGUGGGUUGUGCAAGGAGGGGAAGAUAGAGGAAGCUAAUUGGUUUUUGGAAUUGAUGAUCCAAAGAGGUUUGCAACCAAACGUGUUUAUUUAUAACACUUUGAUGGAUGGUUAUUGCUUGCAGCUUAGAUUUGAUGAUGCAAGGGAGCUGCUAUUCUCUAUGGAGAGUAAGGGUUGUAAGGCUGAUGUUGUUAGUUAUAAUACUUUGAUCAAUGCCUAUGGCAAGAACAGGAAGUUAGAGAAUGCUAUGAGUCUGUACAAGGAAAUGAUUUCAAAGGGAAUUAGACCAACAGUAUAUACAUAUAAUGGGUUGUUAACUAGUCUUUUUCUAUCAAAUAAGGUUCGAACUGCACAGAAACUAUUUGAUGAGAUGAAACUUAAUAAUGUUGCACCGAAUUCAUUUACAUAUGGUAUUUUGAUUGAUGGGCUAUGCAAGAAUGGCUGUGUUCUGGAGGCAGCAAAAUGGUUUCGUACUUUGGAGUACAAUGAGUUUAAACUUAGUAUUGAAAUCUGUAGCAGCCUCGUUGAUGGGUUGUGUAAACAUGGAAUGAUCAAAAUUGCUUGGGAGAUAUUUCACAAAUUGCCUCAAAAAGGCCUAAUGCCAAACGUUAUGACAUAUUCCAUCUUAAUCAAUGGGUUUUGUAAAGAGGGGAAACUACAAAAGGCAUAUGAUUUGUUAUUUGAUAUGGAAAAAAAGGGUUGUGCUCCAAAUGCUGUUACAUUCAAUACGCUUAUGCAAGGUUUCUUACAAAAUGAUGAUGCAACUAAAGUGGUUGAACUUCUUCACAAAAUGAAUGACAGAAAUGUGAUACCGGAUGAUAUCACAUUUUCCAUAGUUGUGGGUUUACUGUCAAAGGAUAAAGAACUUUUGAAGUUGCUUCCUCAAUUUCCUCUGCAAAAGUCAACAAGUGGCUGACAUGAUAAAUAUUGCUGCACUUGACUAUAAAAACCAUCUUCAAUGCUGUGAAUGUCUGUAAGUUUAUGCUACAAGUGAUUGUAUUUUCUCUUUCUAUUUUCUAUGUAGCGUCCGUCGAUCAUAAGUCUUCACGUAUUUAAUCAUUUAUAUUAUUUUUAAGUUUUUUUGCUUAUUGCAAUUUGUUGUU